UUCAGCUUCAAGACAGCACUCUAGCUCUGCAUUCACAGUGUGUAUGUGUAAGAGUGUGUGAAACUGUUUAUGCGUGUUUUGAUGCCAUCGAUGAGCCACUUUGUGACUUUACGAACUUCAUAUUGAUGAAUGGCACCAUGAUGCGGAGUAUGGACGCAAGGGAAACUGAGAUCGACCUGAGGGAUGCAGGGGAUGGAGAGGAUGAUGAGGGACAACAGACAUGGAAGACACAACUGGAAACUGUCCUGGAGGAAGAGGAGGAGGAAGAUGUGAUCUCUACACAGAGUGACACCAGGCCUCUGAUCAAUGAACGGGACCCAAGACAAAUAAAUGAGUGUCUUAAGGUUAGUUUUGAGGAUGUGAUAGCUGAGCCGGUGUCUGUGCGCAGCGGGGAUCGGGUGUGGAUCUGGAGUAACGCUCUUUUUGAGGUGUCCAGGGUCUGGCUUUACCGUAUCUUCACAGCUCUGCUGGCAGUUCCAGUGUCCCUCCUCGCCGGGAUUCUCUUCGCCGUCCUCAGCUUUGUUCACAUCUGGUUCUUUACACCAUGUGUGCAGGUUGUCUUGAUAAACACCGGGUGGUUGCAAACUUUAUGGAGCAGCGUUUUAGACAUAAUAAUUCUACCGUUCUUCCAAAGUGUAGCCAAGUGCUGCAGUGGGAUAAGUGUCGUUCUCACACGGGAAUGAGAAACAUUCGCUGGAAUCUUUUGAAACGAUUCAAAUGGAAAUUCACAUUGAACUUUUGGGCAGAUGUGUGGCCAUCUGACUCCUGGUGCAUGUCAAGGGGGACCAUGCCCAAAUGCUAAGCGUAAUGAAUGUCAACUCAAUGCCAAAGACUGAGAGGAAGCAGAUAUUUGGAAAUGCAUGAAGUUUGCUUCAGUAUGAAAGUAUUUUUAAAGGGUCAGAUAAUGAUGAUUCUGUCACUGUUUACUCCCCUUAACCCUUGUGAUUUUCUUUCUUCUGUGGAACACAAAUGUGGACCACUUUUACAGUGUUUUUUAUAUCUCCUUUUAUGUUCAAUGUAAUACCAUCUUACAGGUUUGUAGUGGCAAGAGGGUGAGUAAAUAAUGACAGAAUUUUCCAUUUUCAAAGAACUAACCCUGUGUGUUUUGUACAGGCGUCGUCAAUGUUUUCUUUUUGUCGAUUAAUUUCUUAAUUUCCCACUGAAGGCGCCAUAAAAUGUGUUUGCAACUGGUUCGGGUCGAGCUAUACUGCCUUUUGGCUAAUGAUUAUGUUAAAAAAUACUGCUAUUAACAUCUGUUGUGUGUUUUGAUGACCUGUUUUGCAUUGCAUUGAGGACACAUUGUGUGUUCUUUGAAGUAUUCUCGAAGCCCUUUCAUUUGAGAAAUAACCUUUUCUUCCAGACUAUCCAAUUAAAUGCCUCACUUUUCAUAUGCUAAUAUGGGGCUACCAAAAUAAUAGUAACAAUUGAUUCAGUUAUAUAACGCCCACUGCUUAAAAAACAAUCAAUCUGACUGCCUUAGCCUGAUUAUCUCCAUUAUAGCGCACCCUAGUGUUAGGGAGAUCAUAUUGCCAUGCACUUAUCUUAAAAUGCUCUUCAAAAUUACAUUUUAAAGCACAUGCUAAAUCUUUCAAGAGACGGUGCACCCAGAAAUUAACAUUCUGUCAUUUAAAUCAUGUAAACGAUGACAGAAUUUUCAUUUUUUUGGGUGAUCUCUUCAUUUACCUCAAAAAAAAACAAACAAAAAAAACAACUCCAGAAGAGCUUAGGGUACAGAUGCAUCAUGGAUCUAUAAAUA